CGGGAGGGAGGGAGCCAGGAGUUCUUCGCUAGGUGUGCGUGCGGCUGUUUGUGGCUCGGGAGGUUGUUCUGUGUCUGUCUUGGCCGUUCUCUUCUCACCGGGGAAGACCAGAGACUAGUUUGUAGGAAAACCAAAUAGAAGCCAUGUUUCGAAGACCUGUAUUACAGGUAUUUCACCAGUUUGUAAGACGUGAGUCUGAAAUAGCUAGCAGCUUGGUUCUUGAAAGAUCUCUGAACCGUGUGCAGCUGCUUGGGCGAGUGGGUCAGGACCCCGUCAUGAGACAGGUGGAAGGGAAAAACCCAGUCACGAUAUUUUCUCUAGCGACGAAUGAGAUGUGGCGGUCCGGGGAGAGUGAAGCCUACCAGAUGGGUGAUGUCAGUCAAAAGACAACAUGGCACAGAAUAUCAGUGUUCCGCCCAGGCCUCAGAGAUGUGGCAUAUCAGUAUGUGAAAAAGGGGUCCCGAAUUUAUGUAGAAGGGAAAGUAGACUAUGGUGAAUACACAGAUAAAAAUAACGUGAGGCGGCAAGCAACAACAAUCAUAGCUGUUAACAUUGGCUAAGGGGGUGUAAGCAGAAGUCAUUUGGUGGUGCUUCCAGGAAAGCUCCUUAAAUGAUUAACUCUGUUGGGAGGCUCAUCCUUUGUGCUUCUCCAGACCCUCACCUGGCUUUUUCUUGUCUGAAAUGUGGACAUGAUGGCUGAAUCUCCAGCAGCCAUCUUGGACCAUGAGAUGAUCUUCAGGAUGGAAGACAGAAGAAGCUGGGAUCUGCGAUGACCAUGUGGAACCACCAUACCAGUCCUGGACGGUGUAUCUCUGGAUUUCUUUGGGAGACACAAAUAAAUCUCUACCUUGUUUAAACCA